AUAAUUAUUUUAAAUUUUUUCCACAGAAAAUUUUAUUUUCCGUGUAAUUUUAAAGAAAAUAAUUUUAGAGUGUAUUCGAUUUCCUUAAACUAUUAAACAAGGAUAGAAUGAUUUGGGAAAAAAUUAAAAUAUGUUAAUUGUAGCGAUUCAAUACAAAAUAAACAAUGACUUCUAAAAGGUGACUAAUACAUAAAUUUUUCAAUGAUUUUUUAAAAAUGUAAAUACGCUUUAAAAUACACCAAAAACAAUUUUGAGAUAUACAGAACAGUCCUAAAUAUCAGACAAAAAUAUAAAAAAAAAGAUUUUCCACGAAACAAAAAUUACAAAAAUGAUCAAACUAUACCCCGUCUAAAGGCGGGAUUGGGUAUUAGAGGGUUAAAGCUGGUUCCGUUAAUAGUUAAAUGUUCGACAAAUGUUAAAUGCUCAGGGAGGUCAAAUAAUAACAUUGCGUAACCCAAAUGCUUCUUUUCGAUUUUUGUAGUUGAUUUCACUAAUACUUGAUCGAUUACAUAUUCUUGAUUGAUAAUGGAAUUGAUUUGGUUGAGGUUCAUCCGUUUUGCCAUGCUGAAUGUAAGGUUUCGAAAAUUUCUACAUGUUUUCGACUGAGACUUAGAGACCUUGAACUUAGUUUCAAACUGCAAACAGCUCAUUUUUGCAAUUGGACCACUUUGUUUCAUUAUUUCUAUAUAAUGUGAGAUGUGGUGAACUUUGUUUAUAGGAUUUUUGUUUGGAAAUGAGAGCAGAAAGUUUCGAAUAGAGUUAUUGAAAUCACUCAGCAUUUCAUUUGUAAGGCAAGUAGAAAAUGAAUAGAAAGUAAUUAAUGGUAAAUCUGUGAGCAAAUUGGUAAAAUUCAAAAAAAUGGAAGAAUGUCAGAAGCAGGGUUGGUAACCAUCUGUUUGGUCACCGACCAACGACGAAAAAUUAAAAAAAAUCGUCAGCAAAUAAAACUCCGUCACUUGCAUCAUCAUUGACGACCGGCAAAGAAACCACGACGAGGAUGAACCGACAAUAAAACAGGGAGCUAUAGUUUUCGUCAUUCUCUUUUGUCUCCUUUUGCAGACGAAAGGCGAACCAAUAAAGCUUUUAUUGACGAUUUAGCCUCGGUAAUCCGGAGCUGUUGAAUUAGCUCUGAUGGUAUGCUUGUUGUGCUGCCAAUCCGAAGGUUUUUGGGUCGAUUCCGAAUGAAGGCGUGUUUCAUUAUUGCAUUUUUUUUUCUGAUCAGCCAUUCCCGUGAGGCUGAUUAUUCGUUCGCCUGCCCUGUUCAGUGCAAGCCACUCAACGAAAAUGCCAAUAAAGAGAAACGGCAAAACUUUUUCGUCGCGACCAGCACACUGACUGACGGUGUUUGAAGGAAAAUAUUCAAGAGCUGCUGUCUCAGUGACGCAAACUUUUUAUUACCCGUUGUCGUCAGUGAUUAUGCUUCAGCUACGAUGACUAUUAACAACCCUGGUCAGAAGUAAUAAAUGGAAGAAUUCUUAACAGUAACCAGCUUUGUGAUGUCGACUGAUUUAUCAAAUUGCCUUUAACUUUCAAAGUUUUUGAACAAAAAUUGUCCGAUGGUUUAUCAUUCGAUUCUGCAAUUCCGUAAACAAAAUUAGUAAUUCUUCUGUUAAUCUCUGUAUCUGUUACGACCUUGGCAACAUUGAUCAAAUGAUUUAGUAUGCUUUUUAUAACCACUCCUACCAGACCUUCUAAUAUGUCAUGCAUCGGAUCAAAAGACAGAUUUUCAGUGAAGUGAAAAUACUCCAAACAAUCUAAGGCCGACCUACGUAGAAUACCACACUUGGACGAUGUUGUAGUAUUGUUUUCAAUCGCAUCGAUGGCCGAGUUCACAGUCGCUCGAGUUUUCGAAGAGUAGUGUGCUCCGAAACGACCGCUGUGUAGACAUCCCCUUGUAAUAUCGCAAGCUAGAUUGUGGAGGCAUGAGUUCAAAAAGCUCGUGCACGGCAGCUGUGUCUCCUAGAACAUGAACCACUGUAGCACGCAGAAUGAAGUCACUAGUUUCAUUGACUGGUUUCAACGGAAUACCCACUUCCGAUUGGAGCUUUAGUAAAUCUGUUAUCAAUGGCUGUAGUAUUGUAACGAAUCCGUACUUUUUCACCAGGUGAGAUCGAACCAUGAGUAACGUGUAUACGCGGUCUAAGCCACAAUUGAUCUUGUCGUCAAAAUUUUGAAUUUUAAACGAUAUAACGGUGAGUUUUUGUUUGCCUCGGCGAGAUCCGAGAGGAUUACAAUCAAAUAUACUAUAUUAACAAUAUAGAUACUAUAUUAACAAUAUAGGUCACUUCGCGUUUUCACAUACAACGACAUGGGGACACAGUUGGUGGAUGAUAACAGCACCAUCUGUUGUCAGAAAAUGUCAAUAAUUGUAUUUUGAUCAAUUUCAGUUUACCGUGCAAUGCGACAUUUCUCGAAAAUGAUGUUAGGGGUGUCCAAGUUUUUUUGUUCCCAAAUAAUCGAUUAAUAAAUAAUCGAUUUGCAAUAUACGCAAACAAAAUAACAUUUCAGUAGAUGUCAUCUACGAAUACAUCUAUAGAAGAUUUUGAAUGCUUCCUCAUUGUGACGUCACCGAAAUCGUUUAACAUCAAGAUUUUACUUUUUCACCCUCAAAACUAACUAUUUUCCUUCGACAAUGGCUUUUAAUAUCAUCAUUCUUGAUGCCCAUAGCAAAAGCUCCUCAAUUUAAUCGUAUAAUUUGUUCUAGACGCAUCUGGAAGAGAAUUAACUUUUCUGUACAGAAAUAGCUCGUUUGUAUUUCUAUGGAGCAGAACUCGAUAAAAAGUGAGACAAGUUCACUUUACCUAUGCUGCGCCUUGACGGAGUCGUACUUUUGUUAGGGUUUCUAUACCCUAUUGUUGUUGUUGUUCUUACUGCUGUACUAUUCUCAGUCAUACUACAAAAAUAAGAAUAAAAAAUCGACCAGAGAAGUAUACAAGAAAACCCUGACAACAUUGAGUUUUUAAAUUAUGUUUUAAAGAAGUGCAUAUAAAAACGUGGGUACGAUGUUAGCCAGUGUGGUAGCCGCGUCCGGCAAGCACGAGAGUGUAUAUAAGACUAACUGUUCUUUUGUUACGCUGCGUGGAGUGAGUCGGCUGUCGCGCCUGCACGCAAGUGCCUGUAUGCGAGCGAGUGUACUGUUCAAAGGUGAACGGGUAAGACACUCGUCACCACAUCCCCUUUUCUAUAAUCUAAGUUCGUGCAUUGGCUUCAACUUUUCUUAAGUUCGACUAACGCUUGUAUUAAUCUAGUGUCUAAACAUCAUAUCCGAUAGUCACCACUUCAAUGCCAUGAUUUGAUGUUGCAUUCCACGAAUUAACAAUACAUAUUUACUGCUACUCCAUGAACAUCUAAUGAUGUUCCUGAUUGCUGCUUUAUACCAUCCUUUAUACAUGAUGUUGUUAUGAGAACUACACUUACUCCUGUAUCUCAGCUGACAUCUCCUAUCACUCCUUCCUUGAAAUACCGUAUCUGUUUAUUAGGGAUUCAGUUGAUGUGCCUUUUUUUUUGUACUACUUGUCAGACAAAACGUGAUUUUCUUAUGAUUAAACACUAAUCACCAUUUGACCAAAGGUUACAACAAACAACUAUAACCGUAAAGAGAUCUCAGUGCAAACAUUCUGAAGGUAUUCUUGUAUACCUAUUUCAACACGAUUUCCUAACUUGUCGUUCAUCUUGGUUUUCCUAAUGAAUCAGCCUUUUCAAAGUAAAGACAUCUGCAUUCAUAGAACAGAUAGUUUUGCUGGUGUGACUGUACCUGACUGUUGAUUGGAGUGGACGUUACACUACUAACAAAAGUAGCUGCAUAACGCCUUUGGAAGAAAGUCCACUUUUAAACUCUCAUACAGCAAAAAUAUUAGUUGGGUAGUAUCUGAUCAUCACAUUUUUUCUACACUUGUUGCUCCCUUUACUUCCCAUUGGCUUACUGUACAUUAUUACACUAUUUAUCCUAAAGUCACGAACUCACUAGUUCCUUGUGGACUUGACACUCAAUGACCUAUACUUCGUUAUCGCUCUUUAUAGAUUUUGAUUUUCCUUUGUCCUAGUCAAAUGCGAGGUCAAAUGCUUUCUGUUGCACUGAUUGUUAAAUACACUUACAUAAACAAAAUAUCAACAUGUUCCAUGCUUCCUGUAUGUUUUUUUUUUUCUUUCGUGUGAGCACAAUUCCAGACGACGGACUAGAUGGAAUGCUCAGUUGGAAAACUAACCAGAUGGUUACACAUACAGUCAAAUCAUUAACCAUUUUAACAACACGGGUCCACGAGUCCACAAAGCCACGUAUCCUUUAAAACUGCAUAAGCAUGUCAUGUGAGCGGCCUGUCAUGACGCAAAUGACAUAUUGGGUUCUGGAUAUUUCUUCCGCUUGAGAUAUGUUUUAUGUAAACAGAACAUCCAGUGCAACCUGCGUGGUGCUUUCUAAAGUAUGCAACUUGAGAUUUUAGAACCAUUCAUAUUUUAGCUUAAUUUCGUAGCUGCAUCGACAUAUGUAAUCUGUGGCCAAUACAAUACAAUUACUCUCAGCAGUUCCAGUUUAAUUACGGACUUCACCUCAGGCGAAUUUGAUCACCACGCUUACCUACAAUGGAUCAAUCAGCGCUUCCUGACAGUACAGUCUCAGUGAAUUCAAUCACAUGAUUUUCUCUAUGAUUCCAGUGAAUUUAAUCACAACUCCUCAUUAAAAUCCACUGACAUACACUUGGUGGUCAGAUUCUCUCUUCUUCUGCUAAGUAAGCACCUUCAUAAAUAAUAACUAUGAGCUUACUCUGCCAAUAUCCUUUUUCCAUUAUUAUAUCGCCGUGUAUAUGUAAAUUUUUAAUAUGAAAAGUAUCUGGACUGACCAUGAAUCGAACCUGUCAUUCUGAGCUUGGUCUAGCUGAAUACCCGCGCAUUCAUCGUUUUGGCUGUAUGAGCGAAUAUAACUACUUUGAAUCAUUGCAGAACUCUGCUUUAACACACUUUUGUACAAUCGUUCCGAUCAACUUUUUCUUUUUUUUUCUGUAUCAAUGCGAUUUUAAUCCCAUGCUAGUUCUUCACGGAAAACAACAAUAUGUAUGUUGAAAUUCUGUUCUUUUCAAUUGAAUUACUCUUUGUAUUCAAAUUUUCAAUAUGUACGCAAUUAACUAGAUGGACAUUCAUUCCAUGCCUAAACGGGCAUCUCCUAGUGGCAAACUUCACUAAACGUACUGUACUAGAUGUAACUGUUGCAGUUCAUUUUGGAAUCACUGAAUUUUUAUUGUUUUUACGCAUAAACCGUUGAAUUCUAUAUGACGGAUUUUACAGUUGGCGUCAUAAAGGUCUGCUGACCCAGAGCUGCCAUUCACUCUGUGUUCCAUUCAGUCGAUCCAUUGCAAUUCACCGAUUCUCAAAUAAAUUUAUGUAGUUGUAAAACAGAAGCCCUAACUCAAAUAACGAAGUUUUGUAUUUUUGAUAUCACGUUUUAACAUAUGGUAGUUCUAACAUACAUAUAUAUAGAUAACGAUAUAGAUGAUGAUAUAGAUAAUGUGUUCAUACUGGAUCAAUAAUAAAAUAUCGACUGUGUUACAUUUCUGGAUCAAUCAUAUUUAUAGUUGCCUCUAUGGAUCCAUUAACUGAAACAACAAAGUAGGUAAUGGUUCGAAACAUUGUAUACAAAAUACAAAUGUAUGCCUGAUAAAAAUGAUUCUAACGUAGCAAGGGAACAAAAACAAGUCUUGUAUGCGUUUGUUUUAUUGUAAGAGGUUGACCAUCCUAAUAACAUUUUCUAGCACAAACGCAUUACAAUAAACCCAAUAUAAGAUAUUAUAGGUAAGUCAAUUUUGUCUGUUCCUUCACGCAAGUUAGUUCAACCAGAAUCCUUAUUGCUUAUUUUUUUCUACUUCUUCUCUAUGAUCUUUGGUUACCUAAUGGGACGGAGCAUGCUUAUAAACCAUUUUUUUUUCUAUGAGCUCUUCUGGAUUUUAGCAACUGAGAUCUUAUGUACCGAUAGAUCUGGUUUUCUCUUAGAGUCGUGUAGCAGAUGUAAUGAAACACUGUAUAACUUAAGGGAGCGAACAUAAAUUAAAAUUUAAAAAUUUUCUUUACCGGACCGGGAAUCUAUCCAUGUCACUCUCACCAUAACUCUGCAGAAAAGUUGUUCAUUGGUUUCAUCGCAUCCGCUAUAUAUACUUCUUUUAUGCACUCUUGAUGAAUGCAAGCUCCUCUUAUUUCUUUUAUGCAAUAUACUUCUUUUUCUGUAUAUAAGUGAAUUCAAUCACAACUUUCUAUGUUUUCAGACGGUCACUAAGUGAAUUCAAUCACAGUUUAUCAUAUGAACUUUCUAGUGAAUUGAAUCACAUGCCUUUUCGUGGUUUUCAAGUGAAUUUAAUCACAAUAUCCUGUUUUUUUUUCUCACAGUGAAUUCAAUCACAGACUCUGUAUUCUCAGUGACUUAUUCAUUUCUUUCUCAUUAGCUCAUUAGUGAAUUUAAUCACGUACCAUCCUAUGAUUUCCAAGUGAAUUUAAUCACAAUACCAUCGCAAUAGUGUUCAAUGAACUUAAUCACAACCCUUCAUACACUUCCAGUGAAUUUAAUCACAAACCAAUCACAGCCUGUGCGACAUCAGUUUUAUUGAAACGCUUAGCUUAAAAAAAUGCGUGGAUUUGGUCUGACUCUGAAAUGCACGACAACUUCAUCAGAAAUUCUGCAAUUGUUUGACGUGUGAUGGUUGAUGCAACUAUCUACCCCAUGAGAUAUCACAAGAUUGCUUUAAGCAACUGUGAACAAAUUGCAUGAGAACUGAUCGAUACUUCUUCGAGAAGAAUGACUUGUUGAGACUUUUGCUGAAUUUAAUUAAAACCCAAAAGUACCUGUAUCGUUUCAAGUUCAUGAGACUGGGUACGAUUGCCACAAAGUCUUGACAUUUUCUUUUUUAUUUUUUUUUACGAAAUACUAAAUGACAAUUGUCAACCUAAAGGUCCCAUUAGACGUGAUAAAUAUUUGGCCAAACAAGUCCAACAAAUGACCAACACAGCCUGAAUCAUAGCAACCUUGGAUAAAUGUCGGACUUCAAUGGCAAAUAUUUGUCAUGAUGUCAAACAGUCUAAUGGCCCCUUAGUGAUCGAUGACUUGACUGCACUUUCUGAAACAAGAUGAAAGCGUUAAACCCAAAUGCAAACAUCCGAAUAAGUUUCCUUUUUUUGACUAUCAUCAGCUCAUGCAUAUUCACAAAAAAAUCGCUUACAUCAUAUGUGCCACGUAUAAGAAAGCUUCUCAAAUCGCUGUUUGCCACAACCACAUGACUAACACCAAGAGCCUCCACAGAAAAAACGAGAAAGUUUCGUUGCCACUGACUUGUACGAUGAGCACACGAUUCAAUAGGUGAUAGAAGCUUGUAGAAGCUGAUAGACAUGUUGUAAUAACACAGCAACAAUCCUAAUGAAUGCAUUCAUUCAAUCAAAGAUUUUAUAAUAUCAAGAGUGAAUUUAAUCACAAUUUUUCACAGUAUUUUUUUUUCAUUAUUAGUGAAUUCAAUCACAAUGACACCUUAGUUUUUUUUCUGGCAAUUAUUUGUGUUCACUCAACUAGACCUCGUGCAGUUCCGUUUUUUUUUACUUUAAAAACAAGGUCACUGUGUUGCUAGAUGCAUCAUAUCACAUUCUAUUUGGCAUAAAAUACAACAAAUCCUAGAUAAAGAUUAAUCAAUCAACCAACGUCUCAACGGCACUCAAUAUGUUUAUCCUUUAAAACAUUUGAAUCCUCCUUCCAUUUCCAUACGCAAUAAUAAUAAAGUACAUACCCGUCAGUACAAAUCCUUCAUCACGCCAACGCAUCUGAUGCAGCCGAGGCCACAAUCAUAUACAAUGUUCUCGUUCACCGCGUCCCCCAAUAAUAUAAUGAUACACACCUUCAAACUACAGCAGCAUAGACAAACAGCAGCACGAUCUACGUUCCCUUGCUCACCUGCUAUCGAUCAAAAGCACAUUCAUUGAAAACCACACUUCUUGCAUGUUGCGCGCAGGGAACAAUGGUACAAGGUCACCAUUUAUUUUCCUGCACAAAGAACCCACGCUUCAACCGGCGUCACAUCGUUGCUUUCUUCUUUCUUUUGUUCACUGCUAAUUUCACAUUCUUGCUGACGACCGAAUCGAAGCACAAAUUACAUUAUUUGGUUUUAUUUCAAUUAGUCAAUCACAUUCACGAUCAAAUUGUCAAUUUACUUUCUUUCACGCUAUAUUCCCAUUUUCUACCAUGAAAAUGUAUUACUUUUUCCCCGCAUGAACGAAAAUCACAUGUUUUUUUUUUUCUUUUUCACUGCACCGCACGGCAACUUAAACUCUUCAAAGAAUUCACGAUAUGAAAACACAGAAUACAAACGAAAUUUAAUUCAAUUGAAAAUAUUUCACUUCACAACGCAAAACUAGCUUUUUUUAUCCUCGUCGCCACUUGUGGUAGCCGCGUCCGGCAAGCACGAGAGUGUAUAUAAGACUAACUGUUCUUCUGUUACGCUGCGUGGAGUGAGUCGGCUGUCGCGCCUGCACGCAAGUGCCUGUAUGCGAGCGAGUGUACUGUUCAAAGGUGAACGGGUAAGACACUCGUCACCACAGCCAGGACAUCUACCUAUAAUUUAAUAAUCCUUUUUCGGUUGGAGUUAAAAAAAAGUGAACAUAUUUUGUUCUUUGACAAAGUGUUUUUUCGUCGUUCACGAGCGUAUCUUUGAAUAGAAACGUUUUAUAUAAUUUGGAAGUAACUCGUAGACUUCGUAGCCUUGGAGAAUUUCGGGUUUUUAUAUCAAAACAUUUCAUGAGAUCAAACACACAAAAUCUAUGUUGAAGUCAAACUUGAUUUAAUUAGACUUUAUACACGAUUACAAAAACGGCAACUACGUCAAAAAGCCCUUACUUAAAAUCUGCCAAAAUUCUUGUUCAACAGUAAUCUGAAGACACCCCGUGUAGGUGCUAUGCACUAUACUAAUAUUUUGAAGAAGGGAAAAAUAAUUGGAACAUGGAUAAUUAUCCAUUAUAAUUAAUUAGCCUGUGCACCAUUUUGCGCUGUUUACCUCACUCCUGCGGGAAAUUUGAAAACGGAGGACACAAUGAACGUCAAAAUUUUGAAAACAUAGGGGAUGAUAAUAUUGAUAGUCACGUGUUAGGACGUCUGCUCCUGUCAAAAUUUUAUUCAAAAAUUCGAUUUCAUGUUCCAUUUCUUAUAACAUCCGAUAUUCUUCUAGCAGGGGCGAUUUGCACUCCAGUCGGAAAAAUUUUCUUGGAGUUGUCCGGAAUAAUACGAUCAGUAUUCGAAUAAACUCACAGUUCACUUCGGAAGAACAACGAAAUUAAUCAAAAUUAAAUUUCCAGUUGAAUUACAGUGACGAUUCGUUCGUUGAGAGCUCGUUAGAUGGGCUGUCUCGAUGGUUGAAUGUUCACUGGUUGGGGCAAAACCCAACUAAAAAGCACUGUCAAUGUCAAAAUAGAUGUCAAAACAAGUUUGACGUCUGACCGCCGUCUCAUCACAGCUCCUGUAUACAGAACGUUUACGCAAGUAUGUGAGUGUUCCGUGACGUAUUUUUCGUCACUUGCGUGUGUCUAGAGCAUUUUGAUCAGUUGUCAGUUGCCCCAACGAACGAACACUAUUCGCUAAUCGGGGCGCAGUCGUGACCCAACGAGCGAAUCCGGACUGUAUUGUAUUUUUCACGAAUAAUCAGACUUUGGCGACGAAAUUUAACUCGCCCUAAUAUGGUACUAACGUAACAUUUAUGUCACCUUUUCGCUUUUUUUACCCGAUUCAGGCAGAAGCAGCUGAUUUUGUCAUGAUAACAUAAUCAGCUGGUAGCUGAGAAUAAUGAGGAUGAACGUUAACAUCGUUGAACCAGCUGGUUUUGUUGUGUAAACAUGACCAUCACGCCAGAAAAUGUUGAAGAAGAAAGAAUAAAAUAUGUUCUAAUUUGAGUAGUUGAAAAAAAAAUCGAUGAUUGAUUAAUCGAUUAUUUAAAAAGAAGUGGACAUCCCCACCAUGCAAUCACUGCUCGACGAAUAAACGUCAUUCGGAUAGCGCAUGCGUUUAGUGUGUAGUAGUACCUCUUCUGACGCUUGGUGGCGACACAUUCACUAAAAAGGAGUCGCCAAAAAUUCGUAAGAGUGACCUAUAUUGUUAAUAUAGUAUAUUUGGCUACAGUCAGCCCGACCGUGAAGGUUUGGCCAUCGUCUUCGCCGUUACGAAGUUCCAUAAGAUGAUCUUCGGCCGGCAUUUCCGGCUGCAAACCGACCAUCAGCCUCUGCUCCGGAUCUUCGGGUCCAAGAAAGGUAUACCAGUCUACACUGCCAACCGCCUUCAACGCUUCGCCCUCCAUCUGCUGCUGUACGACUUCGAUAUCGAAUACGUGCCCACCCACAAGUUCGGCAACGCGGACCUGCUCUCCCGGUUGAUCAACCAGCACGUGAAGCCCGACGAGGAUUACGUUAUCGCUAGCGUCAACCUAGAAGAGGAUCUAAGGUCAGUUAUUUCUAGUUCUUGUAAAAUGUUGCCUCUCCAUUUCAGAGCCGUCGCGCAAAGCACCCAAGCAGACCCACUGCUCCGCCAAGUCUACCACUACGUCCAAAACGGUUGGCCCCAGUCAAAACUAGCCGGGCCCGAUCUCCAACGGUUCCAAUCCAGGCAGGAAUCGCUCUCCGUGGUAGAUGGGUGUCUCUUGUUUGCGAAACGGCUCGUCAUCCCGUCGCUGCAUCGUAAGCGCUGCUUGGAACAGUUCCAUCGCGGCCAUCCCGGAAUGCAGCGAAUGAAGGCCCUCGCUCGAAGCUACGCCUACUGGCCCAGCAUGGACACCGACAUCACUGACUUCGUCCGAGCAUGCCAGCAGUGUGCGUCCGUAGCUAGAUCGCCUCCUCACUCUCCACCGAUGCCGUGGCCCAAACCGACCGCUCCGUGGCAACGCGUCCACGUCGACUAUGCCGGUCCGAUCGAAGGCGAGUACUACCUCCUUGCAGUCGACUCGUUCUCCAAAUGGCCGGAAAUCGUCCAGACAAACCGUAUCACCUCAGCGGUGACAGUUUCUAUUCUCCGUGGGUUGUUCGCUCGGCUGGGUAUGCCCGCUACGUUGGUCAGCGACAACGGUACCCAAUUCACCAGCGCUGAAUUCGACGAGUUCUGCACCUCCAACGGCAUCGAACAUCUCACGACGGCCCCGUUCCAUCCGCAAUCGAACGGCCAGGCGGAACGUUUCGUGGACACUUUUAAGUGGGCCGUGAAGAAAAUUCGAGAGGGGAGAGGAUCGAUGCAAGAGGCCCUGGAUAUUUUCCUCCUGACGUACCGAAGCACGCCCAACCGGGCUCUUCUAGACCAGAAGUCGCCAUCCGAGGUCAUGUUCGGGCGCAAAAUCCGCACGUGCCUCGAACUUUUGCGUCCUCCGCCGGUACGGACACCGGUGCCCACAUCGAACUACAGCAAGCAACCGAGAUCCUUCCACCGAGACGACCCCGUUUACGCCAAACUCCACAUUCGUAACGGUUGGAAGUGGGUUCCCGGUAAAAUCAUCGAGAAGAUUGGAGACGUGAUGUACAACGUGUGGGUCGAGAACCGCCGAAUGUUGCGCUCGCACAUCAACCAGCUCCGGAGUCGUAUGGCCACUGACACGACGCUGAGGCAAUCCGCUGGUCAGGUCACCUCUCGCCAGCAUUCGCUACCACUCGACAUCCUGUUGGGUGCCUGGAACUUGCCAAGCCAUUCGUCAAGCACGCCGACGUCAGCCACACCGCCGAUCGCGCCAAGAUCUGUGUCAGUCUCCAGUCCCGAGCCUACCCUGAUAGGUUCCGAGCCGGCUUGUGCCUCGUCAACUCCACGGCACGAGCUCCCGGCACUCCCGUCAACGUCUUUGUCAUCGUCAACGUCAACAUCGACCGAUUUCGAAUCCGCUAUUGAAGUGGAACCGAUGGUAGACCUACCUAGGCGUUCUUCGCGUACCAGAAGGCCGCCAGUCAGGUUCGACCCCUACCAGCUCUAUUAAGAGGGGAGAUGUUGUGGACAACCCGAUUGCGGUGUACCGCGCCGCUGAGCUCGCCAAGACAGAGCACUACUGUCGUGCGCGAUGCAAUGGAAGCGCAUCAAUGUAUUUUAAUUUGGUUGUCGUUUGUGCUCUGUGUCUGUGUAUUGUUGUCCAUAGUAGUUUAGUUUUGUUUACGUCUCGCGAAUAAAUAUGUUGUACCCCUUUUAACGUGUCGCGAAUAAAGUUGUUUUAAUUAGUUAAAUCGUGCACGUUAUCAUUCCCUGAUGUAGGGACACCGGUUCGAACACUGUCCGGUUACCGCGGUACAAAACUUACACUCCUCCGGUAGCUGUUCGGUUUCCCAGAUCUUGACUACUAACUGGUGCAGACAGGUGGCCAACUUUUCCGGGCCCAUCUUGAUGCGAUACCAUCCUUACCAACUGGCUUGUUGGUUUUGAGCUAACGAAUGGCAUCCUUAACUUCCAUCAGCGUGGGAGUUGGUUCAUUUCCGUCCUCCACUACACUGGCGUUGUCGUAUCAUCCGUUGCCGUGGGUGCUGUUCGAAGUGCUGCUUCCACCUUUCGAUCACCUCACGUCCGCCUGUCAAGAGGCCUCCAUCCUUAUCCCUGCAUAUUUCGGCUCUCGGCUCAAAGCCGUUGCGGAAUGCAUGGUAGAACUUCCAUGUUUCUUGGGAACGGCGCAGCAGUUCCAUUUCCUCGCACUCCGCUUCUUCCAGGUGGCGCUUUUUCUCCCGAAAGAGGCGGGUCUGCUGUUUCCGUUUCUGUUUGUAACGUUCCACGUUCUGUCGGGUCCCUUGAUGCAGCAUUACCGCCUGCGCUGCGUUCUUCUCCUCCAAAACCGUUCCGAACUCUUCGUCGAACUAUUCGUUCCGUCGAUUCCGUUCCACGUACCCGAUGGUGCUCCUGGCUGCGUCGUUGAUGGCUGCUUUCACUGUACUUCAGCAGUCCUCUAGAGGGGCCUCAUCAAGCUCGACCUCAUCUGGCAACGCGGCUCCGAGAUUCUGCGCGUAUGCAAACAGUGCUUCAAUCUUUUGUUUUUCGUAGGAUGAAAAUGGGAUCCACAUGUUAAAUAAAGGAACCAAUACGCUAUUUAGUAGUUUUCCCUCA